CCUCUUUAGAAAUUCGCCGCUCUGGAGCUCCACCUGCGCGCAUUGUCCUGCGAAGCAGCCGAACCGCGGCCGGCGGGCUCAGGUAUGACGGCGACCCGCCGACCGGGCGCCCCUUCACGGACACGCGCGUCCGGCGGAGCUUCGUUCCAGCUCGCGGCGUCGUUCCCGCAGCUUUUAAACGGGGCUGGGAAAUUAGGUUAAAGACGCACCUGAGGAGCGGAUCGAGAAGUGGCAUGCAGGCUGAAGGAGGAAUAAUUGGAUUGAGAUAACGCCACACGGGCAUCUUGGAUAUCACGCAACAAUGAUGUUCACGCUCACUGAGGUUGCAUCCUUGAACGACAUCCAGCCGACGUACCGUAUCCUAAAGCCAUGGUGGGACGUCUUCAUGGACUACCUGGGGCUGGUCAUGCUCAUGCUGGCUAUUUUUGCAAUGACCAUGCAAAUCACCAAGGACCAAGUGGCUUGCCUUCCAUAUCUGGAUGAACCAGAGGACGCCUCGGGGCCCAAACCCGAGCAGAAUGCUCGGGAGGUGGCCUCAGCCGCUACCACCCCGGCCCCUGGGGUAACCAGCGUCCCAAUGGACAGUAAGGACCUACCGGACGAAGCCGUCCGCGAAAUCCACGAGGCACACCAACACACGGCCGUCGUGCCAGAGAAAUACGUCAGUCAGCCUCAGCCGACGGGGGUCAGAACUAAUCUGGACUACCAGCAGUAUAUUUUUAUCAACCAAAUGUGCUACCACGUUGCCUUGCCCUGGUAUUCCAAAUACUUUCCAUACCUCUGCCUCAUCCAUACCCUCAUUCUCAUGGUCAGUAGCAAUUUUUGGUUCAAAUACCCCAAAACCAGUUCAAAGAUUGAGCAUUUUGUUUCCAUUCUCGGUCGAUGUUUUGAGUCUCCUUGGACGACAAAGGCUUUGUCCGAAACGGCCUGCGAGGACUCUGAGGAGAACAAACAGAGGUUGACUGGCGCCUCGUCUGUGCCAAAGCAGGUGUCCUCAGAGGGGAAAGAAGAUGGCGCCAAUGUCAACUCAUCCACACCCAUGCUCGGGGUGAAAUUUUCCGCCGAUAAGCCCCUGGCAGAGGUCCCAAGUAGCAUGACAAUCCUGGACAAAAAAGACGGCGAGCAGGCCAAAGCCCUGUUUGAGAAAGUUAGGAAGUUUCGAGCUCAUGUGGAGGACAGUGACUUCAUCUACAAGCUUUAUGUUGCCCAGACUAUCGUUAAAACGGUGAAGUUUAUUUUGAUAUUGUCCUACACCUCAACUUUUUUGGCUGAAAUCAAUUUUAAGCACAUCUGUGAGCCCAAGAUAAAACAUCUUACGGGUUAUAAGCAGUUCUUCUGUACGCACAACAUGGCUUUCAUGUUGAACAAGCUACUAAUCAGCUACAUGGCUCUGAUUCUGAUCUAUGGGAUGACGUGCUUGUACUCUCUUUUCUGGGUGUUUCGACGCCCUCUGAAGGAGUAUUCAUUCGAAAAGGUCAGGGAGGAGAGCAGCUUUAGUGACAUUCCUGAUGUCAAAAAUGACUUUGCAUUCCUCUUACACAUGGUUGACCAGUAUGACCAGCUUUACUCCAAGCGCUUUGGGGUUUUCUUGUCUGAAGUAAGUGAAAACAAACUGAGGGAGAUCAGCCUCAACCAUGAGUGGACUUUUGAAAAACUGAGGCAGCUCGUGACCCGGAACGCGCAGGACCAGCAGGAGCUGCACCUCUUCAUGCUCUCUGGACUCCCCAACGCUGUCUUUGACCUGACGGACUUGGAAGUGCUCAAACUCGAGCUGAUUCCGGAGGUGAGGUUCUCGGCGAAGGUCUCCCAGAUGACCAGCCUGCAGGAGCUGCAUCUCUGCCACUGUCCCGCCAAAGUGGAGCAGACGGGCUUCGCUUUCCUCCGGGACCAUCUCCGCUGCCUCCAUGUGAAGUUCACCGACGUUGCUGAGAUCCCUGCCUGGGUGUACUUACUGCGGAGUUUAAGGGAGCUCAACCUAAUCGGCAACUUAAGCUCAGACAACAACAAAAUGAUCGGUCUGGAGUCCAUGCGAGAUUUGAGGCAUUUGAAGACAUUGUGCUUAAAGAGCAACCUCACAAAAAUGCCCACGAACAUCACGGAGCUUUCGCCACACCUGAUUCGGUUGGUGGUGCACAACGACGGUACAAAACUGCUGGUACUGAACAGCCUGAAAAAAAUGGCAAGUCUAAUUGAACUGGAGCUGCACAAUUGCGAACUGGAGAGGAUUCCUCACGCGAUUUUCAGCCUGACUAACUUACAGGAACUCGAUCUGAAAUCCAACAACAUCCGGACCAUAGAGGAGAUCAUCAGUUUUCAGCACCUGAAGAGGCUGACCUGCCUCAAGCUGUGGCACAACAAAAUUAUCACCAUCCCAUCUUCCAUCGGGCAAGUCAAGUCUCUGGAGGCGCUGCACCUCUCCCACAACAAACUGGAGUCCCUCCCUCCGGCUCUGUUCACCCUCCCCAAACUGCGACACUUGGAUGUGGGUCACAACUCCAUCACGGUGCUUCCUCCAGACGUGGGUCUGCUCCACAACCUCCAGCACCUGGCCAUCAACUCCAACAAGCUGGAGGUGCUGCCCAAGCCCCUGUUCCGGUGCACCAAGCUGAAGGUGCUGUGUCUGGGGCACAACGCGCUGACCGUGCUGCCGGAGUCCGUGGGCCAGCUGGUGCAGCUCACUCAGCUGGAGCUGAGAGGAAACUGCCUGGACAGGCUGCCCGCGCAGCUGGGGAACUGCCGGCUGCUGCGCAAAACUUGCCUUGUCGUGGAGGACCACCUUUUCGACGCACUGCCCGUGGAUGUGAAGGAGAGCAUCAGCCGAGACACCACCGUGUCUUUUACGAGUGGCUUAUAGCAGAAGAGGCACAAGUCAGAUGGAAUGGCAGAAGUAAAUUAAAGGAGACCCUUUGUUUUUGUAUUAUUCAUAACAAUGAAUGCAUUUUGUAGAUUAUUUUAAUGGUUUGUCUUAGUUGAUUGCAUUUUAAUAGAGCUUAGAAAAAUGCGGCGUGUUUUCCAUGUUGCUCAGGCUAUAUUUAGUAAUGCUUUUUGUCUCUUUAGUAGAUUGUAGAAAUGAAAAUGAGAGAUUUAGCUUCUUUAUGUACCACUCUAUAGACCAAAACCUUGCUCCACUGACACAGCAUAAUUGUCAUUAUUGUUUAGAUACUCAGGUAUAAUUGUAAUAAUGGGAACAAUCUUUUUUGCCUUAACUGCAACUCUUUUUUUUUUUUUUUACAUUAGAAAUUUUCACAGACAAAAGGCCAAAAAUAAAUUCAUGUUUUCUUAUUAGUUUUCCAUGUUUCACUGAGCUAUUUAUAGAUGUGAUGGGAGCAAAUCCAAUGCAACAAACCACUUUUUGUUUGAAAUCAUGUAACCUACAAAUAUGUUUCCUGUUUGUAACGUGUUGUAGCUAACAGAAUCAAGUAGUAACACUCAGGUGGAGACUAAGCACCAGAAGGAAACCUUUACCUUAUUGUCGUAGAGAUUGUAUUCUCCAGCCUUUAGUCAUUCAUUUGCACAUUUAAAACCCAAUGAUGUAAAGACGGGCGAAUGUCCUUUGAGACAGACGGCCUGUUCGGAGACCAAUGUAAGCUGACACAAGGGACGUCUGGAUGUGUGCGUAAUCAUGUUUG